AUGUAUCGCAGGAUAAUUUUCGUAUUUGCGAUCUCAAUCGUCAUUACUCUGCAGACGACAGAUUUCCAAGAUAACCUAAUAAAUGGGUACCGAGCGCUGAUUGCGGACAUUCAGGUCCGAACACAGAAAUCUCGAGAGGAUAUGGACACGCUCGUAUCCCAAAUAAAACUGCUAAUGAAGAAUGAAGCAGACAAAGCCAUUAACUACAUGACUGUCUACCUCGAGCAAAUAUCUCUGUACUUCCAGGUGAUAAUACACGACCGUAAGCCUCGGAACGGAACGUAUUGCAAAGAGAGCAUAGUUAAGCUGCUCGGAGAAAAUUUGCAGCUAGCGGACGAAAAUGUCACAUUGUGCUUGGCGCUUGGCUACCAAAGGGUACAAAGAUUACCAGAAAAACUGCAAGUUCACUUCGAAACGUUGGAGAAUUUAAAGAAGUAUUCAGCCUCAAAGUUGUUUGAAUGCCAGAAGCAACAGCAAGUUGGUGGAAACUGCUCCCAUGAGAGUCAAGAUCUUGAAAGGACUGUUUUCUUAUACGAGACAUCGCCAUUCCCUGUAGUGAUGGCAGAAAUCGCCAUUCAUGGCUUCAAAGAAGUUUCAGAUCUAAGCGUUUGCCUUAAAGAUAUUAUCUCUAGGAUGAUGACACACUCCGUCAAGGUCAUCGGAGACUUCAACAGAUGCAUCCACAACAUAGAAAUGCCAAAACUCAAGUAUUUAUUGAAGUUUAUGAAGAAAUAUGCUUGA